AUGGCAGCAGCGGCGUCAAAACACAUACAAUUAGCGCUAGCGCUGCCGGCGCGGCUGCGCACAUUCCUCGCGCGGUACCCCCCGGCGUCGAUCCUGCCUGCGGGCGCCAACCCCGAGACUCACAAGACGGCCUACCAAGAAGAGACGCCCAACCCCUUCCUGCCUAUGAAGCAUCCCGUCACAGGGCGUUGGCAUGAUCCCAAAUACUCGCUGCGACGACAGGCCGAGCUGGUCAAGAUGGCGCGGGAGCAUGGCGUCGAGGAGCUGCUGCCCUUCACGCCCAAGGGCACCGAGACGAGGUUACGCAAGAGGGUCGAGUUGGGGUUGCGCGUCAAGGGCACGGGUGUCGGCCAGAAGGUCAAGGGUCACAAGCACGAGAGGCAGCUGGGUGUCAAGAUGGAGAAGAGGAGAGAGGCCAUGUUGGCGAUGCCGGAACUCAUCAAGCAAUGGAAAAAGGUUGGGAGACGGGACUGGACCAAGUUUCCAAAAUAA